UUAGACAACAGGAGUUGUGCGGUAGUAGUGUCUUCAGCGCCGACGAGGACUCUCGUGAUUUCGUGGCUGAUCGGCGCUUUCGUCAUUGGUACGGUCUAUAGAGGAAACCUGGUUGCUUAUAUUCUGGCUCCCAGAUACCCUCCAAGGCCUGAGACCCUGGAAGAGUUGGUCAAUGUUGUUGAACGAGUCACCAUGCCGUCUUUCGGGGCCACCAUCCGCGAUAUCCUGAAGGAAUCGACGUCGGAUUCGAGAAGAGCUCUGGGAAACAUGAUGGAAUUAGGAUUCGAAAUAAAGGAAGGCCUCGAUUUGACUCUGAAAUACAGGUACCCUUACCUAGACUCACUGCGCUACCUGCAGCACCAGUUGGCUCUCCACUACACUGAGGCGGAUGGGACGUCGCCGUUCUACGUCGGUCGUGAGAGACUGAUGACCACCCCCAAUGGCUGGCCCAUACCCCAUGACGCCCCUUUCAAGGACGUGUUCGAUUUCGUCAUUCUGGCACUUGAUGAGGGAGGAAUCUUCAACAAAUGGAUGAAAGACUGGCUGGACAAAGCAAAGAAAGCAGGUCGUCUGGAAAAACGCCGGCAAAUGAUGGAGCCUCAUUUGACUCCGGGCGAAUCAACAAGCGGGAAGACCUCGGAGCAAGAGGGCCCAACGGCUCUGACUAUCGUUCAUUUGCAGGGGCCUCUGUUGAUCUGGGGUAUCGGACUGUCUGUAUCAGGGAUAGCCUUUACGGGAGAGUAUUUUGCCCUUUAUUAUAUGAAUGCACAGUGAAGUGGAUUUGAUGACUCAUAAGAGUGGUUGCUUUGCACACACACACACACACACACAAGUUAACUAACAGAAACUUAUUGUGUCCAGGGGAGUUUUAAUUAACGAGAUUAAAGAGGCAAGAAUUUGACUUGUAAUAUAAGAACCCAGCCUAUUCUUAUGGAAAAACUGUCAAAAGUGUGGAAAAUGUUUUCAAGUUUGAAUGAUGGUAUCAUUUGUCCUAUGACGAAGAAAACUUUCAAGAGCUUAUCAUAUGGGUUGGUAACCAGAAAUGAGCCGUUUUUAAAAUAAGCUUUACUUUUCCAUUUAUUGAAAAAUCCUUAUUGUUUCAUGUACAAAAUGGAAAUGCAUACCAUAUAAACUUGACUUGUAGGGUUUCCUUUUAGAUUUCCUUUGAGCUUAAGGACUAUAUAGUCAACUGUAAAAGCUAUCAAAAUUUAGAGCCAAUCGAAACUUGACUGCCAACAAAACAACGAAGCUUCGAACUUGCGUAGAAAGAUGAGAAGAGAAGUUAAUCAAAUUCAAAUAAAAAAUAAGGCGAAAAUCGAUAAAAGCGAGACAAAAGAAAAAUAAAGUAUCUAGUAAAUAUAAUUAACAAAGGACCAAAGAUCAGGUUAAUGCUGUUGUGGGUGUUAUAUAUUAUUAAAACUGUGUGGUAUUUUGUCCGUUUUUGCUCUCGCCC